AUGGAUGCUUCAAACGAUACAGCCACUGUGUGCUCGGACGACACCGUUCGACCGCCUCCAGCGGCCGCGGCAUAUUAUCUUCCGAGUAUGAACGGAUCCUCGCAACCGCAACGGAUGGUCGAGCCGUCUUAUGCUUUUCAACAGCCUGCGGUGCCUCACGACAGCCCCUCGAACGGAUCUUCGCAGCCGGCCACUGCGUCCCGCUCUGAAUCUCUGCAUUGGUCCUUUGCAUUCCUGCAUGCAGCAGACCAAGCCCCUCCCUCUCUGUGGGGGAAUGGGCUGCCACGUCCGACGCAUCGUCCGGUGCCCGAGCCAGGCCGAUAUCCCGGCCUGCCUUUUGACUCGCUGCGCAUUGAUGUCUUCCUUCCUCGCCCCAAGGACGUGGCUGUCAUCGACGGCACUUUCUGCAUCUCGCCGCAGGUGAGGUCCACCAUACAAAUCGAGGCCGAAAUUGCCAGCAACACCAUCCACGAAACCGUCAACCGGGCCGAAGCCGCACAGAUAAUUUCUGGCUCCUUCCAGCGACACAUCAAGGACGUCACCGGCCUGAAUACAGAGGCGGUCGAAGCAGCGGCCCUCCAAUACACAAGAGCUCUGUCCCGCGCGAGGCUUGUGCCGGACGGGUGCAGCGACCCGGCAGCCUACCACGACGCCAUGGCGCUGCAGAUGGACAUGCUCGUCUUCCGGGUCGUGACCCUGUCCAUUGGCAUCCGCGCCCGCAUGGCGGUGCAAACGAUGGCGAUGGGCGAGGCCUGUCAGCUGGCGACUCUACCCACGCUGCUACGGGACAUGCACUCGACAGACGACCCAUCGCAUCCGUCGCGGGCCAUCCUGCACAGGUUCAAGCACCACACUGGUUGGUGUAGGGCCGAUACCGUGUCGCACACGAGACAGGUCAGGGAGUCGGUGAGCGGACUGCGCCAGCUGUACAGAGAGGCAAACAUCGAAAACGAUGCCACGACCACCCUGGACUACGAAUUGAACAGGAUCAGCACCGAAGACAGUGCCAUUGAGCAAUACUGGACAUGGGUCAGUGAUGUCUCCUCUGCCAUCGAGAAUGGGAGAAAGAAUAGAUCAUCCAGCGUGUAA